CGCCGCGUUGCCUAGGAGACGAGCGAGGACCAGGCCGGAGGAGCGACGCGGCGAUGGCGUCCAAACCGCUGCCCGGGCUGCCCUUUCUGCCCGGCUUCUACUUCAACGACCCCACGAAAACAGCCUUCCACCGCAGCCAGACGCUGGGCUUCAGGAAAGGCUACGCCUUUUCCCGACUUCCAACGGUGGGGAUCGGCCGGGAGCGUCUCCACGUGAACCAGCUGUCCCAAGCUGAGCUGGAUGAGUUGGCCAACAAGAGACCCACGCUAACCUAUGGCCAACCCAAGCCGGCCCCACCUGCCGAUUUCAUCCCGGCCCACGUGGCCUUCGACAAAAAGGUGUUGAAAUUUGAUGCCUACCUCCAAGAGGAUGUCCCCCUGUCAACUGACGAACACUACAGGGUUCGUCAGAUGGGCAUCUACUAUUUCCUAGAGGACGACAGCAUGUCCGUCAUGGAGCCCGCCGUGGAAAACUCUGGGUUUCUUCAGGGCAAAUUCAUCAAACGCCAGCGAGUGCCCAAGAAUGACCGCGGGGACCAUCAUCACUGGAAAGAUCUGAAUCGAGGCAUAAACAUCACGAUUUACGGCAAGACUUUCCGUAUCGUCGACUGUGACCGGUUCACUGAGGUGUUCUUGGAGAGUCAAGGAAUUGAAUUGAACCCACCGGAAAAAAUGGCUUUCGAUCCUUACACGGAGCGCCGGAAGCUGCCGCUCCGAAAGUACAUCACUCCCUCGGAUUUUGACCAAUUCAAACAGUUUCUGGUCUUCGAUAAAAAGGUCCUCCGAUUCUUCUCCGUGUGGGAUGACACGGAGAGCUUGUUUGGCGAGUGCCGGUCCUUCGUUAUUCAUUACUACCUGGCGGACAACACAGUGGAAAUUCGGGAGGUCCAUGAGCGGAAUGAUGGGAGAGAUCCUUUCCCGGUGUUGAUCAAGCGGCAGCGCCUGCCCAAGGUCCUGCUGGACAGCAAAGAGACCUUUCCUCGCUGCGUGCUGGAAAUCUCCGACGCUGAAGUGCAGGAGUGGGUCACUGCCAAAGACUUUGUGGUGGGCCAGCCCAUCACUCUCUUGGGACGCACCUUCUUCAUCUAUGACUGUGAUGAGUUCACCCGGAGUUAUUGCCGUGAACAGUUUGGGAUUACCGAUUUCCAGCCCGUUGAUAUGAGCCCUAAGGAGCCCGCGGUUCUGAAACAGGAAUUACCUCCCUACAAUGGCUACGGGCUCCUUGAAGAUUCUAUUCAGAAUUGUUAUUCCUUGAUCCCAAAACCCCCCCAGAAGGAUGUUAUUAAGAUGUUGGAGAAUGAUCAUAAGGUGCUACGUUAUCUGGUUAAACUGGAAUCUCCAGUCCCCGAAGACAGGACACGCCGGUUCAUUCUCUCGUUCUUCCUAUCCAAUGACACGAUCAGCAUCUACGAGCCGCCAGUGUGCAAUUCCGGCAUAAUUGGAGGCCAAUUCCUUGGCAAGACGAGAGUCCCGAAGCCGGGUUCCUCGGCGGACGACCCCUCCUACUUCGAGCCCGGCGAUCUCUUCAUUGGCGCUGUGGUCGAAAUUUUUGGCCACAGGUUCAUCAUCGUCGAUGCCGACGAGUAUGUGCUGAAUUACCUGGAAAGCAAGGCGAGCCUUUAUCCUCCGGCAACGCUCAAGUCUCUCCGGGACCAUUUCCGCCAACAGGAAGCCGUAGUGCAGGAAGCGGAUAACCGUAUGACUGCAGAUAAUCCAGACGAGAAGGAAAUGGAAGUGCUAAUAGGGCAGAUUCAGGAGCAGCUCAAGCAACAGAACUAUUUGCCUAAAAGCAGGAUGCGAGAGGCAUUCCUUUCCUACGACGAGGAUGGAUCUGGAUACGUGGACAGAGACGUGUUCUUUGCCCUCUGCAAUACGUUAAACGUGCCAAUCAACAACUGCCUUAUUAACCAGCUAAUCAGGCUGUGUUCCCGCGAAGACAAGAUCAGUUACCACAACUUCACCCGAGCGUUCCCCGACUAACCCAGCCCCGGGAGGAAAGAAGACCCCCGCCAACGACCGAGCCUUGUGGAAACUCCCAUUCCGCACACAUCCUCACUUCUGGGAAGACUCCUCAGUGACAUUUCCAUUCGGCUGCACCGCUCGUGACUUCUCCAGACUUAAGCUGACUCGCGGGGCCUCAGUGGGUCAUGUCUUUGGGUAUGGGAAGUCAGCGCUUGGAGGAGCGAUGAAAUAAAUUCCUUCAACCCUCCC